UCCGCACCCUAGUGCCUAGUGCGAUGUACACCUCGACGACGUACACAGAUCCUGUUGGUCGUGUAGGCGAGAUGCCGGCAGCCAAGUCUCUCUAUCGACGAGAGUUCGAUGAGAUGGAGAACCGCAUCCGAAAGUGCGAACGGGAACGGGCAGAGUUGGAGCGUAAGUUCGCGGAUCUGAUGCGUGAAAGGGCCGAAUGUGAACGUGCAACGGCUCGUGCCAUGAAGCAGCGCUACAAACGUAUAGCUGAGGCAGAAAGACAACGCGCAGAGAGGAAUGAAAGCAUCUUGCGAAUGUUGAACAAGGUCGAUCAACAGGCAGCGUCACUGGCCGCUAAAACCGAUCGAUUAAAGAUGCUUAAGACACAGUAUGAAAUGUACUUGAUGCGAACCUGGUCCUCGACAACACCAUCUUAUCACACCGCUACGCCAAUGGCAGCCAUUAUGGCUCCACCUUCAGUUGCUCCAGCGAUACUGACUCCAUCAAGCCGUGCUGCACCGAAAUCCGAAUUCGUACAGUAUCUUUCCGAUCUGACGCAUCAGCAAACGGCCAGUGUCCAUCCGAUUCCACCACCGACGGCUUUAAGUAACUAUCUUGCUGCAAGUCAGAAGUCUUAUCCGCUCAAUACAACAGGUUACGGUAUCAAGGAUGACUAUCUUCCAACACGGAUGAACACGGAACGUAGCAUUACCUUGCUUGGCGAUGGUGGAGAGGCCCCCGAUCGUACGAAAGCGAAGCGUUUCGAAAUGUCCAACGAAGAUUUUAUCCGGUACAUCGACACCGAAGUGCUAAAGGAACCGGCUCCAAUUCCGACGGUGAAUGUACAGGCUCCUCCAUCACCGGAAGUGGCUCCGAAGCUGGAACAGAAGACUGCUACGGCUUAUCUGGAGGACGUUACCGUCAGUGAGGAUGAGCAGCAGACGCGAGAGCCUGGGGGUGGGGUGAACGACCCGUUGGAUCAAUUCAGUAUCAUCAUGGACCAAGCAGCGAAUACCGACGAUAAGCCAGUGAGCGGCGUAGAUCGUGUGGAAGAAACUCUUCCGAAGACCGCAUCGGAAGUAGAAAAGGAAACUGAGGAUCAUCAAAAGCCGAAGGAAAACUUGGAGUCAUAUGAUAAAACUGGAGUUACAAAGGAAUCGGAUGUAAUAACGGAGUAUCCGUCAAUGGAACCAAAUAUUCCGGAGUCAGCAAAGAAUUAUGAAGCUACCGGUGACACCAUAGCACAGAAACACGAUUCUUCCUCUCAUCUGUAUCCUGAUGAGCCUUUGCAGAAGUCGGAAAAAGAUGCUCCUGUUGAACCUGAGUAUAGAGCUCCAACUGCAGUAACGUUCAGCGAGGAGACCUUAAACUAUCCGCCAGAACAGGAAGAACAUCAGGUGUAUCAACAGCAACCUGGUUACGCAGAGGAUUAUGUAUCGUCCGAGGGCUACUAUAAUGAAACACAACCAGAGAGUGCUUAUGCAAUGGGAGCAGAGUCCAGUGCCUACGGAGAAACAACACAACCAUACGCUACCGAUCAGUACUACAAUCAGGAGCAAAUGUAUGAUACGCUGCCAGCGUCAUCUGUUCCGCCAGCUGAAAGUCAACCACCACCUGCUGCUGGUAACCCUCACUGGGGAAUGGCACGACAGGCAAUGAGGGCCAGAACGUUUCCUACUGUUAAGUCUAAACCUCCAUCACCGGAAAUGCAAAGCAAGAUGCCCCCGGCUGCUUAUGAGUCUGUUGAUGCAGCUGUUACCGAAACUCCUAGAGUCGAGCAAACACAAUCUGAGUACACGGAGCAAGUUGUUUCGGAAGAAGAAGCAGGAGGAGUCUAUGCACCUUAUAGCGAGCAACCUCUUCAAGACAGUGAACAACUGACGGCUCAGGACCAUGAGGCAUCAAUGGCACAACAGUAUCAUCAGGAAGAUGGCCAAUCAGCAGCACAAUACCAGGAAGGACAAUACGACGCUAGUCAAUCGGGUGAUACACAUCAAGCGACCUCUGGUCCACCAUAUCAAUAUCAAUCUUCAGAGGGAUCGGCCUAUCAAGAAGGACAGUACUCGGCUGAUCCUGGCAGUACCGAUCAGACUUCAUAUCAAUAUCAAGAGGGUGUUGAUCAAUCGAUGGCUAACGAGUACACUGCGGGUGACGCAGCGUAUGGUGAUCCUAACCAGCAGUACCAAUACGAUACCCAAAACGCUCAAUAUUAUAGUGAGCAGCAGCAGCAACAGCAGCAGGGCUACGAAGGCCAGUACUAUUCGGAAGAUCAACAGCAACAGCAGCAGUACUAUAUGGAGGAUCCUAACCAGCAGCAAGGGGAUCCCGGACAAUAUGAAGCACAGCAACCAGCUGAGGGAUAUAUGGCUGGCCAAGAGUACUAUGCUGCUCCUGAUGAACAACAGUACCAAGUAGAGCAGCCUCAGCCACCCUCUGCUGAACCGGACACUAGCCGCCCGGUCCGUAGCGAUGAGGUCGCUGACACCGCGCAGGAACCCUCGGCAGCACAGAGCACCACAGAUGUCGUACCACCGCAGACUGUCGACCCCGUAGUGGCUGCCAGUAAGCCAGCAGAACCUGCUGUAGACAAGAAGACGGAAAGCUCCAAACCGUCUGCCGCUCAACAGCCACCUGGUGCAAAGGGCUCAGCACCAGCGACCCAAGUACCAGCGAACGAUUCACCGAUCGUCAGUUCGGCAAACGAUGAAAGUGAUUUCGAUUUCUCCACUCAGUAAUAGUCCGUGGAUGAUAAGUGGCCAUAAGGAGAGGAGUGCACUCUUAGUAGAUGAUGAAGUACCGGAUUAGGACCGCUUGUCGGUGUGGCGCCACGUGAAGUAAUUUGGAAGCAAUCGCUG